UGCUUAUUCCGUCUCCUUCAGUUCUUUAACGGCUGGUUCUUGUUUUUUCGUCUGGCAUCUCCUCCGGUGCUGCGGGCAUGUUGAGCAAGGUUGACUGGAAGCUGCCAGCACUUUCCUUCAUCUUCUAUCAACUUACAUUUUCAGGAACUGGCGUCUGCGGCGUAUUUCAGCGUUUUGUUUUCUGUUUCCACCUCGAGUCAAGGCAGAUCAAAGAGAAUAUGGGAAAUGGGAUGAAGACAAUGGCACCAGUUCACCUUUGCCCUCUACAGAACAAAGACUCGAGAGGUUCAAACCCAGAACAGGACCUUCAAGUUUAUCUACUUCAACUACAUGUAUUUCCAAGGUCCAGGUCAACUAGCACCUUUCGAACGGGUUUCACCUUUUGCACGAACUUUCCGAGUUGCACAUUUCCUAGCUUCCUGGAAGACGCCAAAGACGAAGAGAAAAUCCUUGAAGAUGAUUGGUCGAGGAGAUUGACAUGACACUUCCUCGCACGGAGAUCAUGGCCGGCGGUCUGCUGCCAGCUGCCAAUGAUGCAUGUUGCUGGUGCCUGUCACCUUGUCUCAAGCUAAACAUUUCUUUGGUUCUUAAUGUUUUUCAUCUCGAAUCUCGAUUUAACAGAGGAAAACACAAACACUCCCACGCACACGGGCACGCGCUGUCUGUUUCUCUCUCUCGCCGUCCUGGGCCUGCGACUGACAAGCUUGACCCGUUGAUGUCACCUGAUUAUUAUUUUUAAUUUUUUUUUUUUAGACUACACCAUGCCCUACUGACUUCAAAGCCCAUGCCAUUGAAAAUUUAUAAAGGUUCUCUGUAUGUUUACACAUGUACCUGAUGAUACUCUACCUGACAUUAAGUAAAGGUACAGAAUUAUAUUCUAUAAAUAGUAGUGCGUGUGCACGCGCGUACGUUUAUUAUUAUUACACGGACAUUAAUAUUUACAUAGAAGAGCAUCAACAGGACAGUUUGUAGGAUGUGCGAUGUAUAAGCUUCCCUGAAUUGUGACUAGGUGGCACACCAGUAGUAGCAACACGAAAGUAUAGUCAUGAGUCGGUGUCAUGUUGUGAUGCACCAUUGACAAGGCAAUUAACGGACUCGACAACUGUUAUCGUCACAGGAAAUUUUAAAAUCACAUUUUAACAGAAACAGUUGACAGCACUGAAACUGAAAAUGAGAGUU